AUUUGACGGCUCAACUCAAGAACGCUUUACUACGCUGUGUGCUGUGUGUGAUUGACUAAGCUUUUGUACACGUUUCCUUCUUUGGUUUAAUUUUAAUAACUUUAAAAUGUUCCAUAAUUGUGCUAAAAAUUCUUAUUUAAAAAGUAUGACUUCUGCGAAUCAGGGUUUGAAAUCAACUGAAUCCCAAAUAUCCUGAACGUAAAAUUAAAUAUUGUAAUUUAUAAUCUUUUAUUCAAUAACAUUAACUCGUUUUUUACGUGUCCCCAAUAUGUUUCUAUCCAACACUGAUAAGUGAGUCUGCCUUAUCAUUUCUGCUCAAGAUAAUACUUAUUCAGUCAUAUUCACACCAAGUAAACAGGUGUCUCUUGAAUAUUAAAUAUAUUUUUUUGAAUAGUGAUUUGUUAUUUGCUUUAUUAUUUUGUGAAAAAAGUUACAAAAAGUAAAAAUGGCAUCCAGUGACGCUGAGAUUAAGGAUGGAUUCAACCUGCCUGUCUGGAUGAAGAUGAAACCUACUAGAGAUUUCGAGCCUUUCGCGGCCUCCCCCCCCGGGCAGGACGAUGCCUUCUUCAUCCGAUACCCCAACACCAAAGCCAUGUUCGGAUCCAACCUAGAGCGCGACGUCGCGAAAAUCGUCAAAGAACCAACGGGUAUUAAAGAGAAGGAUUGGUCGAAGCACACCAAGCCGUGCCAAGAUGUGCUUCACGGCAUUGCGCCAAUCAACACAGCUGCGAACCCGAUAUCGCCGAAAGUGUUGGGAACCGAUGAAGAGUUCAAGGGCGAGGGCGCCGCGUGUGGCAAUUCCGUUGUCAAGGUCGCCCACCAGAUGAUCUCGUCGACGCGUUCCCCGCGCGGCUUCACGGUGGCGGCGCCGGCGGAGGAGGCGGCCGAGGCGCCCGACGCGGCGCGCUACGACCUGAUGGCGCGGCGCGGCAGCCGCAGCCUGCCCGCCACGCCCGCCCACUCGCCGCCCGGCAGCCCCAACUCACGCCGCAAGAACAGGGGCAACCGCUACUUCACAUCACCGUUCGAGCCAGCGGACGACGCGAGCCACCGCUCCUGGCUGACUAUGGCGCUGCUGGGCUUCAAGAAAGAUCUGACCACUUCCACAUCCACACUCGCCGAGGAGGACGCACUCGAAGCCAGAUUACACGGUUCCCUCGCGGAAUCAGUGGAGAGCCUCGGUCCGGCGCCCCGCAACAGAGCCGCCCCCGCCUCCGCCGCCGCCGCCUCCUCCGCCUCCCCCGCCCCCGCCCCCGCCAAGCCCGCGCCCGCCUUCCGCCCCCGCCCCUCCGAACUACGGGAGAUGAACUUCUGGUCGCCUACAUCUAUGUAAGGCUCCGACUCGAGGACUAUCUCGCGAAUCUUAUUUCCUUGUAUAUCGCGGGAGCUUUAAAAUUAGGGUACUCAAAAACCCUAUUGUUGACGUGAAGUCGAUUAUAAAACGAUCAUUAUGAGGAUGUAAGAAUUCGUAACGAGACCCUCCUCGGUUGGGUACCGCUACGCUGUAUUUUAAAAAUAUACCUAUCUGUUUAAUUAUCUUUUUAGAUAAACAUGACUCGCUGCAUUUACGUGCAGUGAUGAAGUUUACUGAUCGAUUUACCAAAACUUAUGUGAGGUUGUACUAAUAUAUAUUCAUGCCUUAGACCAUAUCGCCGGAUUUUCUAGUUUUCCGUUGCUACCACAUCUUGGUCUUAGCCAGUUAUCAAUUAGUUCAAGUAUGAUAAUCACACAAUUAGAUUUCUCUGAUAAAGUAAAUCGCCGUUCAGAUCUUUCCAUUUCCAUUCUAGUAGUUUUCCUCGUAUGAAGGUCGUUCAAUCUAAAGUAAACACGUAAUUUAAUUAGCUGGCUUAUCUACAAACAAAUAUGCAAACUAAUAGUAUUAUCAGCGCAUGAUUAUUUUUCUUAUAUUUAAUCAAUAAUUAUGAACUUGCAGUUUUGUCAAGCGAACAAGGACGCAAAAUUUGAACCCAUUGACACUUACAAAAGUAUGAAAUUUUUAAACUGGCCACGCUUAAGAACCGAACCUUUGACGCAGGUAUAUUUCGUGCAUAUAUAUAUCGUACAAAUGUCUCGUUUUUAUUUUCGCAUACAUUAUGUUACUAUUUAAUCAUACAGUUUGUUUAAAAAAUUAAGACUAGUUAUAUUUCAUUUAAUCACAUCGUCGAUUUUAAGAAUUGUCGUUGUUAUGCAAAUGAAAACCCUAUUGAUAACUACACAAGAGUAAAAGAGUUUAAUGAAGCCUAUGAAGAGGCGAUAGGUACUAGAGUGUUCUUGAUUGACUGGUCGUAUUGAUUUCAUGAGGUUUUGACUGAUAUUGUACUAAACUCUUUGAGACUAUUUUGUACUAAAGUUGUAAUGAACGGCAUGAUAUAUUUUGGAUGUUAUACGGUGCCAAACAAAGACAUUGAAAGAUUGUACGUUUAUUAAAGUUAUAUAACAGCGUAGCGAGUAGGGUAUGAAUCUUCCGUUUUAGAUUAUUCCACUAUUUUUAAGUCCUGUGUGUUGUGAAUGCAUUGUUACUAGAAUCUGUCUAAACUAACUUUGCAUCGGCUUCAAUACAACAAAGUUAGAGAGUGUCAUGACAUUUUCAAUUAGAAAUUUGAUAUUCAUGACGACAUUGCCACACUUUGUCCUUUCAAAUGCCAUGCAGAGUUAGCUUGGUGCGACUUUUAUUUUUCUGAUAGAAAUGACUGAAUGAUUAUGACACAAAAAAUAUUUUUAAGUCAAAUCACGUUUUGAUAUUACUACUGUUUUAAUCCAUUUAUAUCAUCAAUUCAUUUAUUAUAGUAUCUGAGUAUUUAGCAUAAACUGGGAUAAGUCGAUCAUAGUUUUAGAUUUUAUUUGAUUAUUACUUAGUUAUAGCGAUGUUGUAACUUUGGAUAAUUAAUGUUCGUCGGUUUAAUGUAGUUGGUUGAACCAUUGUUCAAUUAUAUGCUUCAUUAUAUGUUAAGCUAAAUUAUGAUGACUUUUUUCAGAAAUCAUACUUAGUAGUGGUCAUGCUAUUAUGACAGUAUGAAUUAACGGUUAGUUAGCUCAGUAAUAAACUAUGACUCAUAUUAAAAACAAAAGCGCAUCUAGUUUACAUUUACAAAUGAUUUUAAUGAAUUCUGUAAUUAAUGAAAUUUGUAAUUAUUAUUGAUUGAUGCACUUCGUUUUUAACAUUCACUAAUUCAUUUAAUUUAUUUUAUACUCAACAUUACUUAUUGAAGAAAGUUUUUCCGAGAUAAUAUUUCACUAUUGUAUACUCGGAGGUCAUAGAGAAAUUGCGGUGGAUAUAGUAAUCCCGUGCUAAAGUAUGAUAUUAUUUUUAAGUUAUUCGGAUAUGAAAUGUUAUAAAACAACUAAAAAUAGACAAUUCAGUAAGAACUUGAGCAGAAAUCAUAAAGUAAUCUUAAUUCUUUUCUUAUUAAGUAUAAGCAAAAAAAAAAAACAAGCACAUGAAUUGUGUAAUGUUGAAAUAAAUGUUCUUCUCCACAGAAAAA